AUGCAUCCGCACACAUCCAUCGCAAAAAUUCUAUAUUCACAUCAUUCACAUCCACGACAAAAACACUGCCGAGACAAAAACAAUAAAAAAAAGAAUGAAUAAUACUAAAUGAAAAAGGGGGUGGUUGUGCAGUAAGUUUCGUGUCAAUAAACUUUCACUUCUAUCAAAUUUUGCUGUUGUUUACACAAAGGAUCAUUUGUCGUGCGCUUUUUACUUCGUGAAUCAUUAAAGUCUGCAUGUAACAAUGUAGACUAUUGGAAUUCGAUUAGUGUUUUGUAUUUUAUACUCCAGUUUUGAUUAUGGCAUUGUUUUUCAUUGAACAUUGGUCGAUCGAGAGUAGUACGCUCAACUCAGCGCAUGAAGUGAUAAUGUUUGAUUAGUAGAGCAAAGAACCAAUGAAAUUGAUUAAAUUUCAACACGCUUGAAAACAAGGAAGUGGAUUUUACAUUCAAAUUCUAUUGAAGAUUUAAUGUACUACUAACCAACCGACCAUGCCGUCACUAAGGCAGCGCAUGACCACAUAUUUUCGUCAGUUAAGUUUCAUUGCCGAACCACGAGACGAUUCGCGCAUAACUGCCACGCUAAGUCCUCGAAAUCGUCCAGAUGAUGGUUCGUUCAUCACAAAGUAUCUCGAAGGGAAAAUAUCGAAAACAUGCACAACGUCGUGUGAAAUACAACACGGCAAGGAUCCGAAUGAACUUCCAGACAUUAAAUUGAAAUCUUAUGAAACUGGUGCGAGUACAAUCACAGCCGCGUGCACUGGUCCUGACGACGGACUGACGGCCGUGAAACGGUCCAGACUGCAUCUGAGUGCGGGACCGGACACUGACAUUGAUUUCAUCGACACAAAUCAAGAUCAGGACUUGGACAUUCGCAAAAGUUCCAUCACCACAAAGCCGAAGCAAUUCUCGCGAUUUCGUUCCGAUCAGAAUGCGAACAAACCAUUCACUCGACCGCGUAAGGGGUCGAGAACGCAUGAACAGCAACAGGAAGCCAUUGCAGCGGAUACUAAAAGUGAAAAGAGCGAAAAGGCUACAAUCAAUGUGAUCGUGAGUUUAGUGAGUACAACAACGACGGUGAAAUCGAUGGAUACGACAAAGAGUAAAAUCGAAAAAUCGUUGAAACUGAGUGGAGGUGAUUUCAACCGAAACGACGUUACUGGCACCGACAAUGCUACAGUCAUAAGCAAUAGCAAAGAGAACUUGCCGAAUCGAAUCUCUAACGACAUUAAGGUGAAAGAUAUUGAUGAGGUGAAGGACGUGCCGGUGGUUAAUCCAAUAGAGUCUGUCGUCGCGGGAGUAUCCAACUGGAAAUAUGAGAACGAUCAUGCAUACGGAAUCGCAGUGUCGUUGUACGAAAAAAACUAUUUGACAAAAGAGCACGCCGGAAAUCCGAUUGCCGAUUGUUUCGGUCUAGUGGUAAGAGGCAACUCAGCUGCUAUGUCAAUCGCGGAUGGGGUUAAUUGGGGCGAAGGUGCACGACUCGCUGCUCGCUCUGCCGUUCAGGGAAGCUUAGAGUAUCUGGACACAGCUUUAUUUGGUCAAGUUCCUGGUGGAAUGGCAACUACCACACGAGAAGUGUUUGUAAGCCUCUUGAGGAGCUUCUGGGAAGCGCAUGCAUGCAUUUUAGAAAUAGGCGGAGCCUUAACUACACUAACAGUAGCGGUAGUGCUGCCACUGCAAGAAGAACAUUCGAAUGGGAAGUAUGUUGUUUGUGCGUGUAAUGUUGGUGAUUCCUUCGGCUAUGUUUACUCCAAGGAAUAUGGAGUGCGAGAGAUAACCCAAGGCUCUCAUGACAUUACGUCGAUGCGUGACAUUCGAGAUGCAAUGGGAGCUCUGGGUCCGGUGGACGGAAAUAAGCCUGAACUCGGGAAUCUCACUCUAUCCAUGACAGUAGUAGAUGCCGGUGAUAUAGUAUUUCUAACAUCCGAUGGAAUUAGCGACAACUUUGAUCCGGUUGUUGGCAAAUUCGCAGAGCCCUUCACCACCGAAGCUCUACAGAUCCCAAAUCAACAAUUAGCACCCAAAAGACAAAACAAAAGCACAUCUGCCAUUCAGUCCGGUUCUACCAAUCGCUUCAGUCUCCCACCAAUCCAAAGCAAGCCUUCGAAGCAACCGAAAACUACAGUACCAUCCGCUCCAGUUCGGCCACCGCGUCACAAAAAGCAAUCGUCAAACACGCAAUCAUCGACUGCAGCCACCAAUCAUGAAUCAGUACCAUCGUCCAACCGUCCCAAAUUUCUUCGUGCACAUACGGUCAUAGAGCCGCGAAACAGCCUUACGAAAACGCCGGUGAUAAAAUUUCCGAAAUCAGCAUCCGGUUUGCCACUUGUAACCGGACCGCAACGACACACUCUGACAUUACUCCGGUUGGAGGAUCUAUUGUGCUACGGCAUAAAUGGAACGUUGCAACCGUGUCCGUCAGCCCGAAAUUUAUGUCACCUGUUGGUUGAUUUUGCCAAAAUGAUCACAUCGGCCAAACGAAACAUCCUUGAGCAACGCGAAUUAUUUUACCGCACCACGAUUGAUGCGAACGGAGUGAAACGGGAAGACGAGCUGACAAGAGCGCAGCAAAGAUAUGCCAGGAAACGGAUUGUGGAAGGUACAACCUUUUCAUCGCUACCGGGAAAAUUAGAUCAUGCGACCGUAGUUGCUUUUACAGUUGGCUCGCACAUUGCCGGCGAGGCUAAUCGCAAUUCAAUUUAUAACGAAACCGACUUUUAGUUUAGAACUGAAGUGUGUGCGGGGGAUUAUAGACGGCUGAUUGGUAGAGCUUGCCUUUCUAGAUACAACGUGAAAUGAGUCCGCAAUAAAAACAGAGAAUUAAAUGAAUGUCUAUUGGAUCAAUAUAUUGUAACGCUUUCAAUUGUAUGAAUUAAAACAAAACAUUUUUAAGUCAA